AUGACAAAAGGGUUCAUAGCCAAACAGCCAGUGAAAGGGCAUAUUGUCAAUGUUGUGAAAGGUCUGAAGAUGUAUGAAAACAUAUUCACAGAUUUUGAGCUCUGUAAAUUGACUGACUACGUGAAUGAACUUCGGGUUGCUGGCCAGAAUGGAAAACUCUCAGGGGAGACCUUUAUUCUGUACAACCAGCAUUUGAAGGGAAGCAAGAGAGAGCUGAUUCAGCUUGGGGCUCCAAUUUUUGGACAGAUAACAGAGGAAGAAAUAAGUCGUAUCGAGCCAAUUCCAGCUCUUCUACAAGGUGUUAUCGACCACCUGGUUCAGUGGCAUUUGAUUUCAGAAAAUAAAAAACCAAAUAGCUGCAUCAUCAACUUCUUUGAUGAGGGGGAGUAUUCACAGCCUUUUUUGAAACCACCUCAUUUGGACCAACCUGUCUCCACCCUUCUUCUCUCUGACUCAACAAUGGCAUUUGGGCGUACUCUCGUGAGCGAUAGUGAUGGGAACUAUAAAGGGCCACUUAUUCUUCCGCUGAAGGAAGGGUCUCUUCUAGUCAUGAGGGGAAGCAGUGCUGAUACAGCAAGACAUGUCAUGUGUGCUUCUCCAAACACAAGGGUGAGCAUCACAUUUUUCAAAGUCCGUUCAGAUACUAAAAACAACUCGUCAGCGUUAUCUCCUCCGACUAGAGCCAUGGCGCUAUGGCAACCCGGCAUCCCUACUCCAUUGACCAUGCCAAAUGGAACACCCAAUGGCUAUGAAGCAAUGGAUGUUAUCCCCAAAUGGGGUGUCCUUCGGACCCCAGUGGUCAUGUUAUCCCCCGUUCCCCCCAUGGUUCUGAGCCCCAAGAGGAUCCCCCGGGAAGGUACUGGGGUUUUCUUACCCUGGAAUAGUGGAUCAAGAAAACCUACAAAGCAUCUUCCUCCACGUGCCCAAAAAGGACGGCUUCUUGCACUACCUUCCCCAGUGGAAACACACAAAGCAGAGACUCCUACUGAUCCAGGCAUCUGUGCUGAGGGGACAAUGGCAUAA